AUGAAUUAAAGACCAAUACAAAAUGGAUACCUGUAAUUUAAUAAAAUAAACUAUAAUAACAAAAACAUAUAUUUGGACUAUCUAAGAAAUUUAUUAUAAGAAAUUUUUAUGUAAUUUCUAUCUAUGACAUAUAAUGAUGCUGGAGAAUGGGUUAAUAGAAUUAAACAAGCUAUUCUCAUUUCAGAAUAUGAGGCUUUGUUUGACUCAUCUAAUUUUUAGAUUUCGAUUGAUUAAAUCAAACCCUAUCAAAAUGAUUCUUCAAAUGUAACUAAGUAUAUAAAGUUUUCUAAUUUUUUGAGAAGUAUUCCAGAAUAUGAGUAAAAAUAAUUAUAACUCUACUAAGAAUUAAGUAAAGAUAAAUGGAUUAUUGAGAAAACUUUAAAAUAAAUGAAAUUAUCAACAAUUUAAUCUUAGAACAAUAUUUUUUUGAAAGGUGAAUAUGUAUUGAACACUACUUUAGAAAAUGUUGCUAGUAUUAUUAAAGUAAAUUAAUCAGUUAAUCCUAACUAGAAAGGUGGAAUACAUCUAAAUUUAUUGAAAUAAUCAUCUGAUAUCCAUGAAAUUGAUUUUUGUUAAUAUCAUUAAGAUUUUUUGAAUUUUAAUAAUGAUGGUAAGAGGUAUAUUUUUGAGUCUAAAUAUAUCUAGUUUGAUUUUUAGAGUAAUAAUUCCUUCUUUUAACAAGAGAAUCCAUAAUAGAAAGUUAAUUUCCCAUAAUUAAGAUUUCUGAUAGCAACUCAAAAAUAAGUAAAUUUCCAUAUUUAAAAUAUUGGAAAUUAUGCAUGUUGUUGA